AUGGAUAAGUUCCAGGACAAGCGUCUUAGAAUAAAACAGAUUGCGGUUGACUUUAUUAAUAAGAUGGGUGGUAGCACAGUCGUAGAAGAUCCGGGAAUUCCCCUCGUAACCAAGAGCAACGGCAAAUACAACCGCUACGUGGACAACCAAGACAGCGUCUCCACGGACAGCGCCGUCGGCUCACAGGCUCCCGGCGCCGGCGGCACCUUUGGCAUCACGAGUCGCUACGACAACAUUGGGUACAAGCUUGGCAGACGAAAAGUGCUCAUUAACCGCCGCCGGAUGAUCGUCAACGUGGAAUUUGCGACGGCCCUCCUCGGGAUAGCGUUAAUGCUUUUUGAGACGGAGCUGUUUAUUCGCGGCGUGUUUACAAAAUCCGACGCCGGUUCUAUCAUUAUCAAAUCAAUGAUCACCGUAAGUACGGUGGCGUUACUCGUUGCUAUUGUGAUAUACCACGUGAUAGGAGUCCAGAUUCAGAUGACCGAUAAUAGCUGGGAGGACUGGCGACUGGCGAUGAACUUUCCGGUCAGCUACUUGACGAUUUUAUUCGAACUACUUAUUUGCUCUAUUCACCCUAUCCCUGUCGACAUCGAAAUACCCUCUUACGGCGUGAAUGGAGAGUACAGAAUGGUGUCCUUGGACGCCAUUUUUUCUAUUUUAAUGCUCGCAAGACUAUACAUAGUUUGCCAUUUCACUGUUGUUCACCACCGACUUCUCACCGACACAUCCACGCAAAGCCUCGGUGCCCUGAACAAGGUGAAAAUAGACACUGCGUUCGUCUUCAGAGCCCUCAUGUCGACAAUACCCGGAACGAUGCUGAUAUCCAUAAUGUUCGCCAUUUUAAUAAUCGACAGUUGGGCGUUGAGAACUUGCGAAAUAUUUUACUCCCCCGGCUCGCCGGAAAGCAGCUACCUUAACUCGAUGUGGCUGACGGCAAUCACAUUCUUGACCAUCGGUUAUGGUGAUAUCUAUCCCAGCACGUACUGUGGGCGAUUUGUUUCCGUGUUAACGGGUCUCAUGGGGGUUGGAACCACCGCUUUGCUUGUGGCAGUCCUUGCACAGAAACUUGAACAGUCCCGCCCAGAGAAAUACGUUCACAAUUUUGUUUCUCGCGUCCAGCUCGACAAAAUACGCAAAAACGCCGCUUCGGACGUAAUUAAAUACGCGUUAACGCUAUGGCGGAUGAAACGUCAAGGCGUCAUUGGUGGAAAUCACCGGACACAUGUCUACGGGAAGCUCUUGCAGUCUAUUUACACGAUGCGAGAGGCCAAGAACGAGAAAAUGACGAUAGGUGAAAAUUCCGUCGGUGUCAUUGAAGUGGCUAAAUCGGUAAAUGACGUUUUUGAGAUAGUUGAGCAAAUACAAGGAGAACAGACUAGUUUACAGAAUAAAGUCAUAAGCAUGGAGGACAAAAUGAAAAGAAUCGACGAAAAACUAGACUUGUUGCUAGGCAAGCAAUGAUCGUGGAAGUGAAUGUCAACUAGCUAUAGACUGGAUUUAGAAACUAGAUGAUGUAGGUGGUUAUAGGAAGUAAUUAGUGAAAAUAAGUGAAAAAACAAGUAUUUAUUUAUUUUAACAUAAUCAUCCAUGUACUGCAUGUCAUUUUAUUAGUAACAAAUGUCUCGCGUAUAAAAAUACAUGUAGUAAGUUGAGAGGUAAUCGCAUUUGACAGCUAAAUAAAUUUGGGCCGAGCUCUGUCAAAUGAAUGUGCGUAAAGUGUCAUCCCAGAUUAGCCUGUGCAGUACGCACAUGCUUAUCAGGGACGACAAUUUCUGCCUAAAUUUUAUUUUUGCAAAGAAGAGAAAAUAUCAUGUAAGCGGAAAGUGUUGUCCCAGAUUAGCCUGUGCGGCAUGCACAGGCUCAUCAAGAACGACACUUUACGCUCAUGCAUUAAACCAUUUUUCACAGAGCACGGUUCAUUUUAAUACAAAUUUAUUUAUUCUCACGGCUUAUUUAAACUUCACAAUGGAGGAUAUUUUAAAGAUACAAGAAAUAGUGAAAAGAACAUUUAUUUGAAGUGUUUAAAAUGUCAUUGCAUUAGUUGGUACCUGCAUAUAUUAACAUGGACGAGGAUUCAUUAAUUCGGUACAGCUAUUUAAACGUGGGUACCUAAGAUGGCCUUUUCACAGAGUUUGGCAUGUUUUGAAGUUUGUCAUUAAAUGCUUUAUAUUAACAAAUGCAAACAUUGGAUCUAAAAAGCUCCAGUAAAAAAAUGAGGAAUAAAAUUAUAGAAAGAAAAAAAGUAACAUUCAGCAGGGCUCGAACCAUUGACCCAUGGAGUUCUGGAGCAUGAAGCCUCCCACUUUCACCACUAGGCCAUCCUUCCUUGUACAAUCUGAUAUGUAUUUUAUACUUAAUAUAAGAAAUCCUCGUAGUUUCACAAAAGUUAACGACAACAACAGAACUCUCAAAAUUAUUCAAUCGUUUCUCGUUGCAACGCUUUAUAAUUUUCAGGUUUUUAAAUCGUCAAAAGAUGCAUAAAAUGGCUAUUUUAGAGCCUGGUAAAUGUUCAAUAUUACUGUUUCCUCACAAAUAUCAUAACUAAAUCGAAAAUUUGCGAAUCUGAAACAUUUUUUUUUCAAUAUUGUCAAUUUACCGAAACGUGAAAAUGCCCCUUUAUUGCUCACAAUGAUCAAUACUGCUUUCUCAUCCUCUUGUACUCCUUGGCCGAGGUAACACAUAUGUAUGUCAUUAAUACUAAAAUCAACUCAAAAUAAAACGGUAGUAGUUGAAGAAGACAGUCAUGAAAUGCAUUUCAACCAAUGCAUCGACUUUCGAACUGUUUGUUCAGUUAACAUUAGCCGGAUGUAGCGUUGAAGGCUGUGCUUUUAUGUUUCUGGCUAUAUGUAGACAUAGAAAUGACAGAAAAUAGCAGGAAAUAAUUGCAGGCAUCAAUAAUGGCUACAUCCACCUGCUUGUUUAAUAACUGCAUAUCAACAUAAGCCCUAUACAAGUGCGUCAUUCAAACGUGUUAUUUCAUCGUUUCUUACUUUUCCCUUUCGAUAGAUCCAUUUUUUUCCAUUUUAACAUCAGUUAUUUUUAUAAUUAUUUUCAAAAAGUUUCCGCUCAUAAUGAACGACACCAAUAUAUGCGUCGCGUUCUGAGAAAACUGGGCUUAAUGCAUGUGCGUAAAGUGUCAUCCCAGUUUAGCCUGUGCAGUUCGCACAGGCUAAUCAGGGACGACAAUUUACGCUUUUAAGGAAUUUUGAGUCCCUCCUUACCGAAAAACAAGUUGAGGCGGAAAGUGUCGUCCCUAUCUGGGAUGACACUUUACGCACAUGCAUUAUGCCCAGUUUUCUCAGAACACGACUCAUAUGAUGCGUUCGUUUGCAACCUUUACAUGUUUCAUAAUGCACCCAUAUGGUUAUAAAUGUACCAUGAUUAUUUGUCAGAAGUUGUUAUUGAAAGAUAAGCAGUUAUGACGACGUUUUAUGUAUUAAGUAAUACUUCCUAGGGUUUAAGACUAUUAUUUUAAUUGAAAUUUACAAAAAUAAAUAUUUCGAGAUUACGGUAUGUUACUUUAAAUUAUAACAUUUUUAUUAUCAAGCGUGAUUUUAAAAGUAACCUGACGAGCAAACACGCCAAAUGAAUGUGAACGCGUGUAUAUAAUGAGCUGCGCUCUGUAAACAGUGUGCUUAGUGCAUAUGUGCGUAAAGUGUCGUCCCAGAUUAGCCUGUGCAGUCCGCACACUUUACGCACAUGCAUUAAACCCCCUCCUACAGAGCACGGCUCAAAUACAAUAUUUACACGUGGUUAUUCUAACGAUUUAUUAUCUAUAGAUUUUUCGUAAUGUCUUUGUGCAGAUACUGAUAAAUGGAGUUAUCAUCAUCAUAAUGUAUUCUGUUAAUUAUCACCGUAUAUUUUGUGUUAAAUAGUCCACUCACAUGCCAAAAUAAAUAUGGACCGUGCUCUGUGAAAAGGGAAUUUAAUGCAUGUGCUUAAAGUGUCGUCACAGGUAAGCCUCUGCAGUCAGCACAGGCGAAUCAGGGACGAUCCUUUCCGCUGACCCGGUAUAUGAUAUUUGUUGUUUCAAGAAAGUCUCUUCUUAACAUAAUCAUGUUUAGGCGGAAAGUGUCGUCCCUGAUAAGUCUGUGUGCACUGCACAUGCUAAUCUGUGACGACACCUAACGCACAUGCAGUAAACUCCUUUUUUUCACAGAGCACGGCCCAUAUUAUAACAUGGUGCAGCAAAAUUCUUAGCUGUGUGUAGUAUCUGACUAUGAAAUAGGGUAUUUCUUAUAUCCUAUUUAUUUGAAAAAAUAA